AUGGAAGCUCCUGAUGUUCUAUUCUUGCAGGAAACCAGACUCUCUUCUCGGGUGUUUGAUUCUUGUAAGUUCCUCUUAAAUUUUCCUAAUUGUUUAGCUGUUGGAUCUAGUGGUAGAAAGGGUAGUUUGGCUCUUUUGUGGGGACGGGAGGUUGAUUUGUCUAUCCUCUCGUUCUCUCCUCAUCAUUUUCAUGCAGUAAUUACUGAUGUCUCUUUUCGUUUGGGUCGAUGGUUUUUCACUACUUUUUACGGUUGUCCUGAAACUCACCUACGGUUUCGCUCUUGGGCGUUGCUCCGCUCGUUGUGUUGUCCUCCCGGGGAGGCUUGGUUGAUCAUGGGUGAUUUUAACGAAAUAUUAUACCAGCAUGAGAAGAAGGGGGGUAAGCCUCGUCCUGCGAGGCAAUUGCUAGAAUUUCGGGACGUUCUGGAGGAGUGCAGCUUGAGGGAUUUAGGCUUCUCGGGACCUAAAUUCACUUGGUGUAAUCGGAGGGCUUUUCCGUCCCGUAUUAGUGAAUGCCUUGACCAUGUUUUGGUUAAUUCUUCGUGCCAUGUGGUGGGUGAACCGGCUUGUGAGGAGCUUAUUCAGCAUGUUUGGGGUGGGGCUCCUCGUCGCUCUGAUUUGUUGGCUGUUGCUGGGUUGAUUCAUGCGAGUGGGACUCAGCUCAGACUCUGGAACAGGCAUUCUUUUGGUAACGUCAAUAGGCAGCUUGCACAAGCUCAACGGAAUUUGCAAGGAUUGAUUGACUCUGACAGGGGCGAAGUGGAUGCAGAUGCUAUCAACUUGGCACGUAAUGAUGUCCAACGUUGGUUAGAAAGGCAGGAAAUUAUGUGGCGUCAGCGUUCGAGAGCCGUAUGGCUUAAGGAAGGGGAUAACAAUACCCGGUAUUUUCAUAUGAAAGCAUCCCAGCGACGCCACAAGAAUGGUAUCUUUCGUAUUCAAUAUGAUAGGGGGCAGUGGCAGGAUGGCAGUCGACGGGAUAGGGUAGUCCUUGCCUAUUUUCAGUCCCUCUAUACCAGCUCUGAUCUGUGUUUAAAUGUGGGCUCGGUGGACUUUCUUCAGCCUUUGUUAGGAAAAGUGACUUCCGCUUUGAACUCUGAUUUACUUCGAGAUUUUCAGGCUGAAGAGGUCAAGUGUGCUCUCUUUCAGAUGGACCCCAUAUCAACCCCUGGACCCGACGGCAUGUCACCUAUUUUUUUCCAAAAAUACUGGCAUGUAGUGGGGCCCUCAGUCACCUCGGCAGUUCUUCAUGCUUUGAAUGCAAGUUCUUUUCCUUCCUCUAUUAAUUGCACUCAUAUCUCCCUUAUACCAAAAAAGAAGUCCCCUUCUCAGAUGGGUGAUUAUCGCCCUAUUAGUUUGUGCAAUGUGCUUUACAAACUAAUCGCCAAGGUUCUUGCUAACCGCCUGAAAUCCAUAUUACCUAGUAUCAUCAGUGAAAGACAAAGUGCUUUUGUCCCCGGCCGCCUUAUCUCGGAUAAUAUUUUAAUUGCAUAUGAGUUAAUUCACUAUCUUAGGCAGAAAAGAUAUGGGAAAACAGGGUAUAUGUCUCUUAAACUAGAUAUGAGCAAGGCUUACGAUCGGGUGGAAUGGACUUUUUUGCAAUCUCUUAUGGAUAUUAUGGAGUUUCAUCCUCGCUUUGUGCACCUCAUUAUGUGCUGUGUUUGGUCGGUUUCCUACUCGGUUUUACUUAACGGGGAACCGAAAGGGCCGAUUGUUUCGUCUCGCGGAUUGCGACAAGGGGAUCCCCUAUCCCCUUACCUCUUUCUUCUGUGCACUGAGGGUUUCAUUUCUCUGUUGAAUAUGGCUCGGCUGGACAGAUCUGUAGGGGGUUUGAAAAUUUGUCAGGGAGCCCCUACUAUUAAUCAUCUUCUCUUUGCGGAUGAUAGUCUCGUAUUUUGCAAGGCUGAUAUAAUUGAAAAUAGACGAAUUCAGGAGUUGUUGGGCAGAUUUGAAGCUGUCUCGGGGCAGAAAAUUAAUAAGGAAAAAACUACUAUUGUUUUCAGUGGUAAUGUUGAUGUUAGCAUGCGGACUGCUAUAAAGGCCUUGUGGUCCCCCUCUGAAAUUCAACAAUAUGAAAAGUACCUCGGGCUGCCACCUAUUGUUGGGAGGUCUAAAACUCGGGCUUUUGAGUCUAUUAAACAGAAAGUUUGGAACACCCCGCAAUCCUGGAAGGAGAAACUACUAUCGCAAGGUGGGAAGGAGGCUGGUUUGGGUCGCUGUCCAUCUUACACAUGGAGGGGUAUUUGGGAGGCGCGAAAACGGUUGGUGGCUGGUUGCAUGUGGAGAAUUGGGUCUGGUACAGCGGUGAAUAUCUGGUCAGAACAAUGGAUUCCGGGACAUAAGUCCCUCCUUGCCGAAGGGGUAGUGGUGCGAGACGAUGUGCGUAUGAAUGUUGUGCACUCUCUGUUUUUACCGAAUGCUAGAGCUUGGGACAUACCUAAGCUUAGGGCUCUCUUCGAUCCAAAUGUUGUAAAUGACAUCCUUAAAAUACAGCUGUUUUCGGGUGGGAUGGAUGAUUGUCGGGACUCACUGGGUUCCCCUUUCCCUGAGGCGUCUUCUCGGCGUAGGCCACUCCUUCUAUGGAAGCACCUAUGGAAGAUGAAGGUCCCUAAUAAAAUAAAAAUUUUUGCUUGGCGUGCAUGCCAAAAUGGCCUCCCUGUGGGUUCCCUCUUACAGCAGAAGCGGAUCUUAGCAGAUCCCACCUACAAGUUAUGUUUGUUUGCACCUGAAACUGUCAGUCAUGCCUUGGUUUUUUGCCCUGCAGUUCAUGUUUUUUUCUCAACUUAUUUGCCUGGUUUAUGCUUUCAUCAUUCUUUUUCUAUUGUGGAUUUGGCUAUGGAUAUCAUUGCAGCUCGUAAGUUCGAGGACCUCUCUGUUUUCUUCUCUUUGGCCUGGAGUUUUUGGUUUCAGAGGAAUAAAUUUGUGCAUGAGCAGCUUGUAAUUCCUCCUCGACGGUCAGCCGACGAGGCGCUGGUCAUGGUCCGCAGAUUCAGCCAGAUCCACGCUCCUCAGAGGGAUCUCUGA